AUGAGCGAACUCCUCACUUACAUCCUCAACAACGAGGAUACCUUCCGAAGAAACCGCCUCCCCUCCCUCUACUCCGAUUUCGCCCUCCAGAAGAAGACAAACCCGGAUGGAUACGCCGUCAAUGUCGCUGCUUGGGAGCAGGCCCUGAACCACGCCGCUAAGCGCGGGUAUACCUCGUCACGCGGCGUGCGCGUGCGUUCGGGGUCCUCGGCGUCGCAAAGGAACGCGGCUCCCAGUCGAAAGAAGACAGACCACCUUAUUCUUCGUACUGAUGAGUCCUUACUACGAGAUUUGGAGCUUCCUGAGUGGGGAAGGCCGGUGGCGCUUGGUGCUGUUUUUAUGGAAGCAAUGAACAAACGAACUAUGAUUCCACUGCCGGUAUACAAGACUGACCCUGGGUGUCUACGAAGGAGCCAGUGGAAACUUAUUGACACCAGCGUGUUGAGCCCGUGGAAUGUCAUGAGCUGGGGCGCGCGGCAGCUGAAAGGCAUUGUGGUGGGGACCGACGACUCUGCGCCGAAGAUCCAAGUUCAGGAAUUGGUGCUGGUCGAGAAUCUGCAGGAAGCGGCAGAUUUGGCUGUUAAAAAGGCCACUGGUGGCACUUCAUCCAAGUUGGAUCUGAUAUACUCGAAAGAAAGCUUCGUCGAGGCAUUCGCCACCAUACUCCACGAUGCUACGGAACUUUCAGAUUCGGAUUUUGAUGUUCUUUUGGUCUAUCUAUCCCGCGACCGCGGCGCCAUUGCGUAUGAUGGCAAGACAAUCAAAUUCAAAUCUGCGGAUGAGCCUCCGCAGAUCACCCAACAGGACGCGACUAUCGCGUCUAUAAAAACUCUUGUAUCGACAAUCUCGAAGCAGGUCUCGAACCUGGAAGCGAAGAUUGAGGGGUUGAAUGCAGCUGCAAAGGCAGCACUCGCUAACAAGAACCGUAUUUCGGCGCUAGCUGCAAUCAAAUCUAAAAAGAUGGUCGAGCAUAACCUCCAGCAGCGACUGAAUACCUUGACACAGCUCGAGGAGGUCUACUCAAGGAUCGAACAGGCCGCCGGUCAGGUAGAAAUCGUGAAAGUCAUGGAAGCCAGUACCGGCGUUCUUCGCGGACUGCAUGCGCAGACAGGCGGUGCGGAGCGGGUUGAAGAUGUUGUGGAAGAGCUGCGCGAAGAGAUGUCUAAGGUUGACGAGAUUGGCGGUAUCAUGAAUGAAGCUGCGCCAGUCAUUGAUGAGGGUGAGAUCGAUGACGAGCUCCAGGCUCUGGAGAGGAGUGACCAGAAGACGAAAGAGGAUGCGGAAGCAGAGGAAACAAGGAAGAAGCUUGCGGAGCUCGACAGUAUCAAGCAGGCCUCAAACGAGGCAGCUCGUCAGGCACAGGCGGGAAAGGAUGUCGACGCCGAACUGGCAGAGAGCAUCGGCAGGCUCUCCAACAUGUCGGUUGAGGGUCAGCUGCCAGCAGAAUAG